AUGACUACCUUUCCUGAAAAAAUUAUUAAAGAUGCGGAAAGGUUGGCAGAGCGUUUAAGGACUGCAAAAAGGGAAUCUAGUUUUUUGGAUACCACUUCAAAAAUUGAAUUUAAUAAUACUUUUGAAACAAUUGAAAAUUUUGAAACAAAUAGAACAAUUUAAUUUUUUUGUUAAUUUAAUUAUUUUUUUUUGCUUAUUUUUUUGCCAUGAUUUUUUUCUACUUUUUCAAGUCCAAUCUCUUUUCAAUUUUCCAUAUUUUUUUGCUAGU